UUCUUGACUUUUCCGUCCAUUUCAGUUCAUCGUCACAACCACCAUCCUUUUUAACCGGGACAACAUGGCUGCUGCAGCGAACCGUUACUACAGCGAAGACGGCAGGGCAACGAAACGACAGAAAACCGACGGAAUGGCCACGGGGUAUGAAGAUCCACACAAGACCCUUCCAUCUGUGGUGGUGCACGUCCGGGGCUUGGUGGAUGGUGUUACAGAGGCUGACCUUGUGGAGGCCUUGCAAGAAUUUGGGGCAAUCAGCUAUGUGGUGGUGAUGCCCAAAAAGCGACAGGCACUGGUGGAGUACGAAGACAUGAACGGAUCCUCCACAGCCGUAACCUAUGCUGCAGACAACCAAGUUUACAUCGCGGGCCACCCAGCCUUUAUCAACUACUCCACCAGCCAGAAGAUCUCCAGGCCAGGAGACUCCGAUGACUCCCGAAGUGUUAACAAUGUUCUUCUGCUCACCAUCAUGAACCCUAUUUAUCCUAUCACCACAGAUGUCCUCUACACUAUCUGCAACAACUGUGGGCCUGUGCAGAGAAUUGUCAUCUUCAGGAAGAACGGAGUCCAGGCGAUGGUUGAAUUUGACUCAGUGCAAAGUGCACAGAGAGCCAAGGCAUCACUCAACGGAGCAGACAUCUACUCUGGCUGCUGCACGCUGAAGAUCGAGUACGCCAAGCCCACUCGCCUGAAUGUGUUCAAGAAUGACCAAGACACCUGGGACUACACAAACCCCAAUCUGGGAGGCCCAGAUGGUGAUGCAGAUGGCAAUGGGAGCAAUGCAGAUGAUGUCAAUGCAAACCCCAACAAGCGCCAGAGACAGCCUGCCCUGCUGGGUGACCACCCUCCAGAGUACGGUGGUGGUUAUCACGGCUAUGACGAGAACUAUGGAUCCCCUCCCUUUGAGGGUCGCCGCAUGGGUAUGCCAAUGAGAGGGCGUGGAGGGCGGAGCUACGGGCCGGGCUAUGGGCCUCCUCCCCCUCCUCCUGGAGAGUAUGGCGGCCACGCUGAGUCUCCAGUUGUCAUGUUGUACGGGUUGGACCCUGUCAAGAUGAACGCCGACCGUGUCUUCAAUAUCUUUUGUCUCUAUGGCAACGUAGAGCGGGUGAAGUUCAUGAAGAGUAAGCCUGGGGCAGCCAUGGUGGAAAUGGGAGACUGCUAUGCAGUGGACCGCGCCAUCACUCACCUCAACAACAACUUUCUCUUUGGACAGAGGCUGAAUGUGUGUGUCUCCAAGCAGCAAGCCAUCGUUCCCGGUCAGUGUUAUGAGCUGGAGGACGGCUCCAGCAGUUUCAAGGACUUCCACGGCUCUCGGAACAACCGGUUCACCUCUCCAGAACAGGCAGCCAAAAACCGCAUCCAGCACCCGAGCAACGUGUUGCACUUCUUCAACGCCCAGCCAGACGUCACGCCAGAGGUUUUCUCUCAGAUUUGUGAGGAGAUUGGUGUAAAGAGCCCCGUCAAUGUCAAAAUGUUCACAGGAAAGAGCGGCGCAGCUCCCAGUGACCGCAGCGCUUCAGGUCUGCUGGAGUGGGAGUCCAUCAAUGAUGCCAUGGAGGCCCUGGCCAUGAUGAACCACUACCAGAUGAAAAAUGCAGGUAUGGCUGGCCCGUACCCGUACACCCUCAAACUGUGCUUCUCCACUGUUCAGCACGCCAACUGAGCUCACCGUUGUAGCCAGUGAAACGAAGAUUGGUCCACAAUUCCCAUAUUCUAAUACAGACCAUGACUGCACGAUGGCUGGAGAUUAUUUUGAAAAACACUUUAAAUGCUGUGAAAUAAUACAUUUUCACAAUGAAAUCAAUCCCUUAAGUGCAAACUCCUAUUUGGUAUUGUAAGCAGACCUAACAAGUGCUAACUGCAUUUACAAUUUUUGAUAUUUAUGCCCCACAUGUGGUUUAGAGUAUCAGUACGUGUGUGUCUUCAAUAUUAAGUUGUCCUUUUUACUUUUUGUAUUAUGCUUAAUCAGUAACCUGACAUGUGAGAAAGUGUAUUUGAAAGAGUUGGUUUUAUGCUCAAGUCGUUCAGUGGCAGUGGACAACAUGGUUUUGUAAAAGAGUUGUCUUUUGGAACUUUUAUUAUUAUAGCUCACUUUUUUUCAUUUUUAUUUUAAUUGCUAAGUAUUGAGUUCUGCGUUCUUCUCCAUGUCUGAAACGCAGUUGGAGGAUUGUUUUGUUCUAAGAAAAUAAAAAACAUCUAUGUAAAA